CUAUUAGUACUGAUUGUGACUAUAUUUUCAUUUCGUUUAAAAUAAUGUCCAACUAACAAAUGCGGCUUUUAUUGCAAUUUAUGGCAGUAUACAUUAAUAAAUAAAUGUACGAAAAUUGGUUAUUACCUAAAGAUACGAUGCAAACUACCAUUAAGGAGUUGCUUGACGCAUUGGGGUGUAAUUUGGAAGCCGACACAGUUUUAGAUUACAUUCAAAAUGAUUCUAACUACGGUAAUAGUAAUCUUUCAUCGAAACAAGCAAAUGAGUAUGCCCAGAGGUUGGCACACAAGGCGACAAACGCCAAAACUUUUCUCAAGAAAUAUGAAGAUUUGAAAAGUCGCAACAUUGAUAAUUUGUCGGAUUUAAUAUUACUAUUUUAUAAGUUGGUCUAUGAUGAAAAGAAAACAAAAUUUACAAAGCCAAAAGUUGCUCCAAAGCCUAUUUUGGGUGACAACAAGCAUCAGAUUACAAAAGAAGAUGUACCUCAGAUCAAAGACAAAUUGUUAAAAGCAGUUGAUGAAAGCAAGAAACUUGUUAUGAAGUCAUUUGAGGAGAAAGAAUCAUCUAAACUUCGGCCCAAUUGGUAUAGCAGUUUGGACCUUCCCAGUUGGCAGAAGGACCAUCCAGCUAUGUCUUGGGAUUUUCCUAAAGAACCUUUAGCCAUUAAUGCAUCUCUUGCUGGAGUUCCAAUAGUUUCUCAAGAGAAUAUAAUCAUAGAUGAGCUGCUGUAUGUGUUUUCUGGAUUUCCCGGCAACUAUAUUGUCCAUCAAACUGUCAAAGAUACCUAUGAUGCCCGUACAUUUAUCAUAUCAGAUGACCUAGAUGAUGCCCUGAAGCAGAUUGUUCAACAAAUGCUGCCACUAGCUUCUAACUAUUCUAUUGUUAAAAGGUUUAUUGAGAAUUGCAAUAUGUGGUCUGGACAAGUGUUACAUGCACUAGUUGCUGCUAUUGAAAUCCUAUUAAAGGAUUAUUAUACAAUGAUAGCUCAACUGGAAACUGAGCAUAUGUCAGGUAGCCUAACAUUGCAAAAGCUGUGGUAUUUUGUAUUACCUACUAUGCAUACGAUGCAAGUUCUUGCCGCAAUUGUUACUAAUAUUGGAAAGAGUGAACUACGCGGGGGCUCUGUUUUAACAGUGCUCCAUGAUAAAACAAACACGCUGAUGGGUGAUGCCAGAGCCCAAGAAAUAUCGUUGUUCCUAACUGAGCGUUCUUGCCGACCUUAUCUCAGCAUUUUGGAUCAGUGGAUACAUGAAGGCACUAUUGUGGAUCCCUUUCAAGAAUUCAUGAUUGAAGAUAAUGAACUAAUAAAUAAGGAAGAAUUACCUGUGGACUAUUCUGCUGAUUACUGGGAGAAACGUUAUAGUAUUCAAAGAGAUCGAGUGCCCAAAUUUCUGGACAAGUUUACUGAUAUUAUUCUGCGAACUGGAAAGUACCUGAAUGUGAUUAGUCAAUGUGGCAAUGCAAUAACGAAAACGAACACAGAAGAAAUUAAGUACUCUUUGAGAGAACAAAAUUAUGGUGCCAUAAUACAAAAAGCAUAUGCAUAUGCCAGUAAAUCCUUGUUAGAAUUGUUGCUGAAAGAAUAUGAUUUGAUGGGUAGGCUCAAGUCAGUCAAAAAUUACUUUUUAAUGAGUCAAGGAGAUUUUAUUGUACAGUUCAUGGAUGCUACAGACCAAGAACUUUCUAAAAAGAUUGAUGAUAUCAUACCAUCCAAGUUGGAAUCUCUUUUGGGUCUUUGUUUGAGACUGUCGGCUGCUAGUCAUGACCCAUACAAUGAAGACAUGAGAGUAGAACUCUUGCCAUACGAUCUCCAGUUUCAAAUGUUCAAAAUCUUAUCUAUUGAAACUGAAGAUGAAAAAGAAUACAAACAAAAUAAAGAUUGCCUACCUCUAACUGGCAUAGAGACAUUCUCAUUUGGGAUGGAAGUGAAGUGGCCAGUCUCACUCAUUCUCAACCACAAGGCAAUAGCUUGCUACCAGAUGAUAUUCAGGCACCUAUUCUAUUGUAAACAUGUGGAGAGGUUGCUGUGCAGAGUCUGGCUGAACAAUAAAGUGGUGAAGCGUUUUUCUGAGGCGCGCCUGUAUGCGGAUGCAUUCGCACUACGUCAACGCAUGCUUAGUUGCAUACAACAUCUGCAGUAUUACAUGUGCGUCGAAGUCAUUGAGCCAUCCUGGUGCCAGCUUAUACAUAGCUUAGACAAGGUCAAUAAUGUGGAUGAAGUGCUUGAACGGCACAAUGACUUUUUGGAGUCAUGCCUUGGAGAUUGCAUGCUGACAAGUCCUCAGUUAUUAAAAGCGGUUACCACACUAUGCCUUGUCUGCGUCCAAUUUUGCACCUUCAUACAGGAGAUGCACAAGUACUUCGUGGAUGCAGAGCUUAACAGUAUGCUUGGAUCAACGUAUGACAAUACAGACUAUAGUGAGGUACCUAACUAGACCAGCUGAUGUAAACAUUAGUGCACUUAAGUAAAUAAUAAUUGUAAUUAAAGCACUAAAAGAUCAAUCACAACACCCAAAAUGAGCAUUACCGCACCUGUGGAUAAAACGAAAAUUUGAACCAAUCAACCUGAACUCACAUCAUCAGGCUUAGUUCAGACGGCCGUUCGAUUGGCGCAUUUCUUAAGAAGGCGGAGUGUAGCAACUAAUGCGCCAAUCGAAAGAUGUCGGUCAAAUAAGCCAGUAGGUACCUGAUUGGUUGAAUUUUCGCGAUAUGUUAGUACCAUGUAAAGUUACGGUUACAUUGCAUAUUUAGUAAAACUGUGCCCUUAAAUUGUUAAAUAAUGCUUCCAUGUAGUAUUUGUAAAGGAAAAAAAACAUUAAUGCUUCUCAUACUAUUGUUUCAUGACUUUUCUGUUUUAGAAUUUAACGGUGAGUAUUCUUUAAUGCUUCUUUAAUAAACUACACUUCAUCGUUAUGUUAUUGUGUCCCUUAUUGAAACACCACCUCUGAAAUUUCAAUAUGCUGCUUUCAUUAAGGCCGUCUUAUUGCACUAUUAAUUACGUGUAUUUGUUGUUAUGUUACUUCUAUGUAUCCUGUCUAACUAGUGCAAAGUAAUUGGCUGAGAAUGCCUAUUGUACAUUAUAUUGGUUAACGAAUAUUAACAUAGUCGUCUGUGGGUGGGUAAUCCAGGAUUAAUAUGAACUUCUGUUUUUUUUUCAUCUAUAUGUAAUAUAUUAUAUUUUAGAUGUAGCUUCAAAUUCGAUUAUUUAUGGACCCAUUAGUAAUAGGCAUAGGUCUUCAAAUAACUAUUAUUCUCAGUUGACCACCUGACGACGAAUUGUAUAUGAGCAGCCUAAUUUUCAUUUUUAUUUAUUGAGAGAGAUAAAAAGCAUUUCCUACUUUUUCGUCAUCCCGAAUACAGUAUGUACAUACCUACAAUAAAUUUGUGCUUAUUGGUUGACCUAUGAAAGCAAAAAAUAACUAGCAAAUUCACUUUUGUUUUAUGUGCAAUAGUAAUUAUGUACGAGUAUAUUAGUAAGACAUCUAAAAUACGCAGUAAUAUUUAAAUGGAAGUGUAAAUAAUGUGGAUUAAUUCUUUUCUUAUAAUAUACAUAAAAAAGCUUUGGUUAUAAAAAUACAAAUAAUCCAAUAAUACUUAUCUAUUUGUAUUACUCUUAAAAUAGGUUUAAAAUUGACGGUGUAUAGCGAUAUAUUAAUACAACGGUACGUGAUAGUUUUGGUAUUUUAAAAUGAAGUA